AGAGACUGUGGCUUCUAGCUUUUUACUAGCACUGACACUCCAGUCGGGCCACCACCACCGAGGAAGAAAAGGAAAGACGCAGACCAUGCAAUCAGCCUAGCGGGCUAACCUCAGACCAUCAGCCUGCUGACAAGCCCAACCCUCCCCGCCAGCCUGCUCCCACCACCCGGGCUCUGAUAGGUGGGCCCCCCUCAUCUCCAGCCCUGAGGCUUUCCCCCCCCCUCUGAGGUUGGUGGAGACUGACUGCAGCCAGGGCUCCACGCUGUCCCGCCUCGUCUGUCAUGGCAUCCAACAGCAUCUUUGACUCUUUCUCCAACUACAACAGCAGCCUACUUAGAGAGCCGCCCACAACCAGACGGUUCACACCGCCCUCAACGUCCUUCCCCUGCAGCAAGAUUGGAGACAGCAACGGGGCCAUGGCCACCACAGGGCCGCUCAGGUCAAGACCGGACAACAGAAACGUGGUGGACGUCCUGGCUGACCACGCAGGGGAGCUGGUCCGGACCGACAGCCCCAACUUCCUGUGCUCUGUCCUGCCGUCUCACUGGCGAUGCAACAAGACGCUGCCAGUGGCCUUCAAGGUGGUGGCCCUCGGUGACGUUCCCGAUGGUACUCUGGUGACCGUCAUGGCCGGAAACGACGAGAACUACUCAGCCGAGCUGAGGAACGCUUCUGCCGUGAUGAAGAACCAGGUGGCCCGCUUCAACGACCUGCGCUUUGUGGGAAGGAGCGGACGAGGAAAGAGUUUCACCUUGACCAUCACCGUCUUCACCGGACCACCGCAAGUGGCCACCUACCACCGCGCCAUCAAAGUCACCGUGGACGGACCGCGUGAACCGCGCAGGCACAGAGUGAAGAUAGAAGACCCCCAGAAGAUGCAGUUUUCUGACAGGCUCUCGGAGAUUGAGCGCUACCAGCGAACUAUGAGGAUAGGCCCUGUGAACAAUAACCCACGCCCCAUUCACCAAACCCACCUCAGCACCACACAAGCCCUGUGGCAGGAGCAGAUGGACACCCCCACUCUGAAGCAGUGUAAGGUGGAGGAGGACCUGAGACCAUGGACAGCAACAACAGAUUUCUUCCCGCAGAGGACCACCUUCCCGUCUCUGUCCCCGCUCACCGACCCUCGCUUCUCAGACCCCCGCAUGCACUACCCGGGGGCUUUCUCUUACUCUGCCAACACCCCGAGCACUGGCAUCAGCAGCCUCAGCAUGUCAGCCUCCUCCAGAUACCACACCUACUUGCCACCACCUUACUCAAACAAUCAGUCCCAAAAUCUCCAGUCCAACUCGUACCUGUAUUACGGCACGGGCUCCGGAUCUUAUCCAUUCUCCAUGGUGGCACCAGGGAACACCGGAGGGGAACGCUCCCCAACCCGUCUGCUGUCUUGCUCAGGGGCCACGGGCACCGGGGGGACCAACAGCCUGAUGAACCCCGGCCUGAACACCCAAAGCGAGGGAGUGGAGGCCGACGGCAGUCACAGCAACUCCCCGACUUCCGGUCGGUUGGAUGAGUCCGUCUGGAGGCCAUAUUGACUGACAGAUAGCUCAAUAGGGAGGGGUGGGGCAAAUGACAAGUAAAUAUCAUGGUCACCAAAACAGCUGAACACCCAAAGAAAAACCAAAAUAGAGAAACAUUGCAUGUUUGCCUUUUAUUUCCCUGGCACCCGCUUUACAGACUUUCUGCUUUCACCCAAGAAAACAAGACUUUUCUCGUUUGUAACUUUUGAGUGAACAUCUGCACUGCGCUGAAAUCCCUUCAGAGACAAUUGGAAGCUCAGAGAGCUGAAGGCAGACUCAGCCGAGACCGAAAUGAGGAGCCAUUUCAGCGUUUCAGCAUUUGCUUUCCUGCAGGAACUGCAAACGAACAACAGCGCGAGGAGGUACGAGGAACUGAAAAGAAAAAACAGAACCAGGCGCUCAUCCAAGACUGUUCAGACUGAUUCGGCUCACUUGGCAGGUGCAGGAGUCAGACUGGAUGUUUGCACCAUGACUCUUUGCCAGGCUUGGCUGCACUGCUGUAGCAAAUGGUCCUUCUUAAGCUUUCAUUUCUGUAAAAUUUUGGAAUUUUGUGAAGUUAGUUGUGAAAAAGUUGCGACUACAAUCUCGGCCUGUUUGGGAGCUCAAAGUACCCAUAGAGUACCUUCUUGUGUAAUUUAUUAUCUAAGCUUCUAGUGUAUGCAGUCUGAACACAUUUUCUGCAUUAUUGAGAGAAGCUUUGUAACUUUCAGGACUGGCUUGUUGAUUGAGUUCAUUCUUCUCUGCUGGGAUAGAUAUUUUAAGGAAUGUAUAAAAGGCAAAAGCAGAGAAGGUCUGCAGGUUCUGCAGGCAUGUCAGAGUCAAACCCCUUAAAGAUCAAACCUUUUUCUAAAGAAGAAUCCCCAGUUAUUGUUUUUUUUUUAACUGCACAACCCAGUUUACCUUUAAUAUUUAUUUGAGCCAAAACUUAAGGAAUUGUAUGCAUAUACCCCAGUUCCUUGAGCAUUUCUCCUUUUCCUUUUUCUACAUAAAUAUAUAUACAGUAUAUCUAUACCAUGUUUUGCUGUUAAUUAUAAAUUUGGAAUUUGUGUAAUAUAUUGCUACUAAAUUAUGAUAAACAGAACCUUUAUUGUUAUUAUGUUUGCCUUCCAAUGUAGCUUUGAUGCACUAAAACCUUUUAUUCCAAAGCCCCAAAUAGAUUGUAAUAUUGUAAUUUACAAAUUGCCUUUACCAUCCCCCUUAAAAAAGAAGCCAUUUGCUAAAAUUGUUGCACUAUUUUUUUUUUUUUUGGAUAAUUUACUGCAUAUCAUUUGUACUCCUUUUGCAGUUUUUUCUUCAAAUGAUCUCAAUCGCUCCUGCUCCACAGGUGUGCGUGCACAUUCCCCCUGCAGUUACAAAUACGAUCCAGUGUCACUGCAGGAGCAGAAUGAUGAAGGGGCAGAUUGGAGGGGUGGAGUCAGCAGGGUAUCUUCUUGCCAUUGCUUGAGGAAGUUGUUUAAAAAAAAACAUAAAAAAAAGAGAAAAAAAUAGAAGAGAAAGGAAUCAUUUUUUGUUGUGAAAAAAUUUCUUUUCUGAUGAGUCUGACUUUGAGGCCUCUAUGGCUCUGGCUCUUUGCUUUAAUUUACUGAUAAAGUUGACACACAAGUGUGGAUCUUGUUUUUAUGAGCCUCAGAGAAAUCAGGUAUCAUGUGUCUUUUUAUUCUUUCACGAGAAGAAAAAUGAUUAGAAUCUGUGACAUUGAAAGAUGGAUUGUUGAUUGCAACAAGAGCAAGGCUUUAUUUCAAAGUGAGAAAAUAUCCAAAGAAGCUCACAGCUCAGGUAAAAAAAGAAAAAAAAAGAAGUUAUGAGAUAUUUUUGCAACCCCUCAUGACUCAUUCUUUGUUUUUGGAGAUCACUGUUUCAUUCCCACAGUCCUUUGAGUUAAUUUUCUGCUUUUUUUCUCUUUUCUAAACAUUCUUUGUGUAUUGAAAUUUGUGUGGUUAUUUGUCAAGAAUCAUACAUCCUAUUCUUCCUUUAUAAUGUUUGUUCUAACAUGUUUGGCAAAUCAUCUGCCUUGAUUGAUCUCUUUGUCCUGUUUCUGCAAAAAGCCUAAAAGUUGAGGUCAACUGCAUUUUUCAUUGAACUCCAUGAUGAUGCAUUAUUUUUUUGUUGUUUUUUUUUUUUUAAUAAAACCCUUUCAUGUCGUUUGUAUUCCAAGUUCUGACAUCUUGCCUUUGUCAGUUCUACCUGUGCUCAAAGCAUGUACAUCUGAAACUGAUAUGUUAAUUUAAAAAAAUGUCCUCCAUGUAUGUGAUACCAUUAUUGCUUCCUUACCGAGUGCUUGUAAAGUUUGCCAAUAAUGUAGUUUUUAAUCAUUUUAAUUAAAAGAAACAUGUUUCAACUCUU